AUGGCUUCCGGUGCCAUUACGACGGGCCACGAGGCCCACGAUGCCUUGAUGGAUGGGCACAUCGAAAAGAGAGCCUCGGUGGUGGCCGCCUCGGAGCUGAAGCCGGGCGAAGAAGUCGAGGACGAGGAAAUCACCGAUCUCUUCUCCAGCUUUCCGCCGCUCAAGGGCAUCGAGCACGAGCCGAAUCCCCUCACCGCGCGCGCCGUCCUCGUCGGCAUCGUUCUCGGGUCGCUGGUCAACGCUUCCAAUGUAUAUCUAGGUCUCAAGACGGGCUUCACCUUCAGCGCCACAAUGUUCGGCGCCAUCUUCGGCUACGGCAUCAUCACCCUGUUCACAAAGCUUCUCCCGGGCGUCCCCCUGAUCGGGAUGAAGUUCGGCCCCCAGGAAAACUCCAUCAUUCAGGCUUCUGCCACCGGCGCCGGCGGCAUGUCGGGCGUCUUUGUCGCCGGUCUGCCCGCCAUGUACCGGCUGGGCCUCCUCUCCGAGGACCCCAAGUCCGACUUCCCUCGGAUCCUCACCAUCACCAUCAUCUGCGCCUUCUUUGGCCUCUUUGCCGCCGUGCCUCUUCGCAAAUUCUUCAUCAUCAACGUGGCGAGAGAGCUCAACCUGGUCUUCCCCACUCCCACCGCCACUGCCCUGGCCAUUCGAUCCAUGCACGCGGUGGGGUCGGGCGCAAACGACGCCAUGAGGAAGAUCAAGGCCCUCGGCUUCUCCUUCCUCGGCGCGCUGACGCACAUUGUCGUGUCGCAGUAUGCCAACGGCAUUCUUCACGAGUGGCAUAUAUUCACCUGGUUCUAUGCCUGGAGCGGAUACACCAACUGGGCCAUCAACAUCGAGAGCUGGGGCUGGUACAUCCAGUUGACCCCGGCCUUCUUUGGCUCCGGCAUUCUCGUCGGCCUCAACGCCGCCCUUUCCUGGUUCCUCGGCACCGUGGCCGCCUGGGGCCUCAUCGGUCCUCUCCUGGUGCACUAUGGCGAAUGCAUUGGCGAGCAGGUCGGCGAGGGCAAGUGGGCGGAACUGACAAACUUCAACAAGCUCAACGACAUCACCAAGCCCGGAUUCGUCCCUUCGCCCCGCUACUGGAUGCUGUGGCCCGGCGUCAUGGUUCUCCUCGUCUACAGCCUGGUCGAGUUUGUGCUUCACAUCCGGGUGGUCUGGGACGGGGCCAAGUAUGCCUUCAGGUCCAUGGCCUCGUCCAUCAACGGGGGGCUCAAGUCCAAAGGCAAGAGUAUCCCCUUCUUGGAGAAGCAGGCCGCGAAGCUCGAGGAGGAGUCUAGCCUGCUCGAGGACUUUGCGCCUCCCGAGCAGCAAGUGCCGGGCUGGAUCUGGGGCCCCGGCACCCUUGUCAUGGUCGUCGUGUCUUGUCUCGUCUGCCACUUUCAAUUCAACAUGAACGCCGGGCUGGCCGUCCUCGCCUGCGUGCUCGGAAUCCUCUUUGCCUUUCUCAGCAUCUACGGCGGCGCCGUCACCGACACUGCACCCCUGACGGCAUCAUCCAAGGCCUCGCAGUUGGUCUACGGCGGCAUCACAAAGGGCAAUUACAGUGUUGCUGAUGCCCAGCGAAUCAACCUGAUAGCCGGCAACAUCGCGUCUGGCUGUGCAGACGUCUCCAACAGCUUGGUGUCCGACUUUCGGGUUGGGUUUCUGCUCAAGACGCCCCCCAAGUAUCAGUUCUACGCCCAGGCCGUAGGCGCGUUGGUCUCGGUCUUCCUGGCGCCGGGAAUCUUUGUCCUCUUCAUGUCCGCGUACCCGUGCGUAUGGCGUACUGACCUGCCAAAGGAAGAGGUAAUGCGAUGUCCCUUCAAGGCACCCUCGGUCGUGGCGUGGCAGGCGGUUGCGCAGGCCGUCACGGCGCCCGAGAUUCCCAUUCCUCUUUCGUGCACCAUCUUCUCCAUUGUGAUGGGGGUUGUCGCCGCUCUGCAGGCCGUUGUCAAGAACUUCUAUCUCGUCGGCCCUCGAGAAAAGUACCGGGACUAUCUUCCCAACUGGAUGGCGGUCGGCGUGGCUUGGGUUCUGGGGGCUGAUAGCGGAUACGCCAACGCCAUCUUGUUUGGCAGCGUCACGGCGUGGUGGUGGAAGAAGUACUUUGGCAAAAACUUUGACAUGUAUGCCUUUUCUGUUGCCGCUGGCCUGAUAGCUGGUGAAGGGUUGGGGGGCGUCGUCAACGCUGCCCUGACGCUUGGAGGCGUCGAUGGCCUCAAGAAGGGCACUUUUAUCGCUCUGCCCGGAGAGGAUUGGUGA